UGCGAAAAAUGUUAAUAUGCCUAUGUGAGCUCAACUCUAAUUAUGUUCGUUUUUUCUGACAACCGUUUUGUGUUCUUGUUCUUUCUGUGUUUGUUUAAAUCCUGAUUUAACUGUCGACUAGUGUUUUUUUUUUUUCGUUUCGAUGGAUCGAUUUCAAGGAGCGAAUAGAAAAUAACACAACGACUAGACAUGAAAAAAAGAAAUUAACGAACAUUAUAUUAUUAAAUCCUUUAAUAAUAAAAAAAUGGAUUUGGUGUUCAGAGCGACGGCGUUGCUGGUUCUUUGUUGUUUGAAAAUGACGCACGCGGGACGGGUUCAAGCCGCUGUGAGUUUUUUAGCCAACGGGUCAUACCAAGAGAUCGAAUUGAAAUCCGAGUCCAGUCUGUCACUUCGCGACAUCUUGCCCGUGAAGGCAAAGUAUUACGACAAGAACAGAGCCCCCAAACUCCUGGGUCAACCGACUGUGGUAUACUUUCACGUCACCGUACUCUCCUUGGAUUCUAUCAAUGAAGAAAGCAUGACAUACGUGGCCGAUAUAUUUUUGGCACAAUCCUGGCGCGAUCCCCGACUGCGCUUACCAGAGAACAUGCACGAAGAGUACAGAAUCCUGGACGUAGACUGGCUGAACAGCAUCUGGCGUCCGGACUGCUUCUUUAAGAACGCAAAGAAAGUCACUUUCCAUGAAAUGAGCAUACCGAAUCAUUAUCUCUGGCUGUACCACGACAAGACUCUUCUUUAUAUGUCCAAAUUGACAUUGGUGCUUUCGUGUGCUAUGAAAUUUGAAUCGUAUCCUCACGACACCCAGAGCUGUUCCAUAAUGAUAGAGAGCUUGUCACACACAGUCCACGAUUUGGUGUUCAUAUGGAAUCUGACGGACCCAUUGGUGGUGAAUCCGGACAUCGAACUGCCGCAGUUGGACAUCGCUCAUAACUAUACCACAGAUUGUACUAUUGAGUAUUCCACUGGUAACUUCACCUGUUUGGCCGUUGUUUUUAAUUUGAGACGUCGCCUUGGAUACCACCUUUUCCACACCUACAUACCAUCGGCGCUCAUCGUUGUUAUGUCUUGGAUUUCAUUCUGGAUCAAACCCGAAGCCAUUCCAGCCAGAGUCACCCUCGGAGUCACUUCAUUGUUGACUUUAGCAACACAAAACACCCAAUCCCAACAAAGUCUUCCGCCGGUGUCGUAUGUCAAAGCAAUCGAUGUCUGGAUGUCAUCCUGCUCGGUGUUCGUCUUCUUAUCCUUGUUCGAGUUCGCCGUCGUGAAUAAUUACAUGGGCCCCGUCGCCACUAAAGCCAUGAAGGGAUAUUCCGAUGAAGACCUGUCCAGGGAUUUAGACGCUUUCAAGCACAUAUUUCCUGGAAGCACGGAGCCUCGAGCGAGUGCGGCUUCAGUGCCACAGUACGACACGUUCUGCAAUGGCAGGGAGACGGCCGUUUACAUAGAUAGAUUCAGUCGAUUCUUCUUCCCGUUCUCUUUCUUCAUAUUAAACGUGGUGUAUUGGUCCACGUUUUUGUAAAAUCAACGGAAAACUUUCUAGUCACAUACUUUUAGUAGAUCCUUUAAUAGGUUUAGCUCGUUUUAAGGCAACACUAAGUAAAUUAAUUCACUAGUGUAAUAAUUUUCUGAGAUGUGUAUGUAUGUGGUUGAAGCGAUUUUCGUCUAUUUAAAUUUCUAAUUAGACGUCAUAUGAAAUUUUGUAAUUCGUACGUUAUAAACGACAGACUUUCAUACAACGGAACCCCAUAUUUUAACUCCGUUAGGGUUUUUAAUUUGCAAAGAUCAUUCCUUAUUGAAUGUAUUGCAUAAAACUGAUAAACAUUUUGAAUUAACAGUCCUAGCUGCUUAGACUAUACUUUGAUAAAUCAAUCAGUCCAGAAACUUUAAUAUAAUUUUACAGUUUUAAAAUAUAUUAAGCAGUAGUUGACACAACGCUUAUAUCAUAGAGUAUAGUUAUUACACUUAUAGUCGUCCGUGAUCACGAAAACUGUAAAACGUGCGAAAUUUCGGAAGUAAUACAACAAAAAUAAUAAACAAUAAAUUGAACCGUGAUAGUAAUUUAGAUUAUGUGACCGUAAUAUGUGGAAAUUCAAAUUGACUUGUUUAUUUAAUUUAUCUAGAAUAUAAAAUCUAGAAGAUUAUAAGAUCUAGAAUAUCAGUCUAAGUGCCAAGCUCGGUUAUUACGGUAGCACAAUGACGUGACAGCUUGUCAAGGUAGGCAGCGGCUUGGCUCUGCCAUUGCUGAAGUCCAUGGGCGACGGUAACCACUCACCAUCAGGUGGGCCGUACGGUCGUCUGCCUACAAAGGCAAUAAAAAAAAACUGUUAUCUUAAGUAAAUACAGGAUCUGAUGAGUGUUUCUUGUAGAGCCAUUGUGCUCACACGCUAACGGCAGAUGGUCCACGCGUUUCCCGGCAACCGAAGCUCAUAGAUGUUGCAACGUGAGACAGAAUGCGAACGUUUUGUCUAUCGACUGCAACGGCUGUCUUAAACUACAAGUCGAAUUGUAUGAUUGGUUCGCGGCAGAAAUGGGCAAUUAUCGUAGUUCAAACAGUUUUGAGCGCGUUCGACUUUUGUAAGCAUAAAGACUUCAAUAAUUAAAUGAACAUAAUCAAAUUAUGUGGAAUGUGUAUUUAUUUUUAAAGUUUUAAUUUGAAAAGUUGAAUUUUUCAUUGUCGUCUUUAAAUACGUUCUAGUUAUGGAAAAUUGAAAAAUAAAUUAAUAAUGUUAA